GUGCGGCAGGAUCACCUUCCCCUCCUCGCUCAAGCAGCCUGGACCGAGGGAUGCGCCGAUGCACUGCUUCAUCAGGAGGAACAAAAGCACCUCCACCUUUUAUCUUUAUCUCAGCUUAACACAGGCCCUAACGGAUAAAGGGAAGUUUCUACUGGCUGCUCGAAGAUUCAGACACGGGGCACACACCGAAUAUAUCAUCUCUUAUGACUCUGAUGAUCUAUAUCCAGGAAGUAAUUCAGGUGUUGGAAAGCUGAGAUCGGACUUCCUGGGGACAAAGUUCGUCAUGUACGACAAUCAGAAACCAUACGACGGCGCCAAGUCCUUGAAGAGCCGAUCAAGUCGCCGCUUUGCGAGCAAACAAAUCAGCCCACACGAUUCAGGCGAUAAUCUUGAAGUUGGACAGGUGUCAUACAGGUUCAACUUCCUCAAAUCAAGAGGGCCGAGAAGAAUGCACUGCAGUAUCCAGUGCCCCGUAGGUCAGGGCACCGCAUCCGAUCCAUCCAAGGAGAAGCCACCGAGCACCUCCAGCUCCUUGUCUCUAAAAAACAAAGCGCCUCGGUGGCACGACCACCUGCAGUGCUGGUGCUUGAAUUUUCACGGCAGGGUGACGGUCGCCUCCGUGAAGAACUUCCAGCUUGUCGCCCCGGCCGGCACCAGCGACCCAUGGGGCGUCGGGGACGAGGAGACGGUGAUCCUCCAGUUCGGUAAGAUCGAGGACGACGCCUUCACGAUGGACUUCCGGCAUCCCCUGUCGGCCUACCAGGCGUUCGCCAUCUGCCUCACCAGCUUUGGCACGAAGCUGGCCUGUGAAUAAGUGCCAUCUCUGUUGAUGUUAUCGUGUGAAUCAUGUGGCGGAUGGCAUGAACUCUUGGCUCUGUUAAUCCGGGAGAAAGGGGCGGCACUGUGAUACUGUACUCGCAAUCUCUGCUCUUCUCUUUCUCGUCUGAUGAUGGAUGUGGAUUUGACUCUAUGGCUGUGGUUGUUGUUUGUAAAUGGCACUCCAUUUCUUUCGGUGAUUUACCCAUGGAGCGUGGUGUGUACCUUCCUCCAAUGCCGUUUUACCCUUCACGUAGGUAGACAUGGUUUGGGGCUGCUAAUCUGCAUUGAUAAAUUAACCCUUGUACAUGUCGUUAUGACUACCUUCCUCCAAUGCCGUUUUACCGGCAAUGUAUCCCUUUUGUGGUCUACAUGACAUUGUAAUGUUCAGUAGUAACAUUUGUAUC